CUGAGUAAAACUCAGAACCCUCCCAAAUCUGGAACAUGGACUGAAAAAGAGCUGUUCUGGGUUUUACUCCACACAGUUAUCCAGCUAACUCAGUAAUCCUGCUUCAUGAAAUAUCCCCCUGGGCUAUUAGUUAGAAUUGGGAUGUAAACACGGAAUCACGUGUAGAAUAAGUAACAUUAUCAGGCCAUAUCAUAGCUAGCUAAUAUUCUUGUAAAGUGAAUGACUUUUUCAUGAAGUUAUCCAUAGCCUUUUCAAAGUUGUUAGCAGCUUUGGUAGCCUUCUUAGUGAAGUUGGCUACACAUAAUGUUAGCUAGAGAGCACACAUGCUGUAUCGAAUUUAGUUCCCCUGAUUGAAAUAAAUGCAGCUGAAUUACCGAGCUCGCUAAAUUUCAACUAUAGACAGUAACAGCAGUUCCCAUAGGGGUGAAGACAUCUUGAUAGUAGAAUAGAAUUUGAUGCAAAAGCGACCUAACCUCGAGCAGCUGCAUAAGGUAAGCAGCUAAAAGUAACAUUUACUUACAGGUCCAACUGAAAACAGGCCAAUUCCGCAUCGCUUUUCAUCCCCUUGGGAAAUUUCAGGUGACGCCACUGAAGAAAAGUAAUUCCUAUGUUGACUCUACUUUCUGAACAAGCCCUGUGUUUUUGCUUCGCUGUAUCUAGGCUUCUUAGCAUCUGCCAUUGCAUCAAACUAGCAACAAACACUUUGUUGGAAUCUGAUCCCAAACCACAGGCUCUGUAGCCAUGCCUACCCCUCCCCACACAGAAAAGAGCGCCGUGCCCAUAAAUGUCCCAAACACAUUUUAUGACAAAUAACAAAUUCAGGUAAAAGGUGGACAAAUUUGUCUAAGUGUGUAAAGUCUGAGAUUGCCAGUGCAUCAUAGAUUUGCCGUAGCAUAGUUGUUUUAUAAUAUUUUGAAAUAAAAAUCCUGCAUAGUAUGCCUUUAAUAUGCACAACUGCUCUCUGUUUUCAUAUGUACAUCAUAGGAAUGCAUAUACAAAUAGAAAAUUACAUAUGUAUCAACUGCCAAGGUGCACAGUGUCACAAUGUGUGUUUGUGUGUGCGCAUGCAUGUGUGUUUGUAUGUGUGUGUGUGUGUGUUUGUGUGUGUGGGGUCUCUCCACAGGCUGGGUUGGUGUAAUCUCACAGAGGGCUGCUGUGAUGUUCUGGCCUCAGUCCUGCGUUCUCCUCACUCAGAGCUGAGAGAUCUGGAGCUCAGAGACAACGAGCUGCAGGAUUCAGGAGUGAGAGCACUCUCUGCUGGAUUGGAGGACACACACUGUAAACUGCAGACACUGGGGCUGUCGGGCUGUAGAGUCACACAGAGAGGCUGUGAUUCUCUGGCUUCAGCUCUGUGUUCAAACCCCUCACAUCUGAGAGAGCUGGUCCUGAGAUACAAUCACCCAGGAGACUCAGGAGUGAGAGCACUGUCUGCUGCUAAACUGGACACACUCACACUGCUUGUGGACCAUGGAGGAGAGAACAGGACCAAACGAGGACCCAGGAAAUAUGGCUGUCAGCUCACACUGGAUCCAAACACAGCGCACAGAGAGCUGUCUCUGUCUGAGGGGAACAGGAAGGUGACACACACACCGGAGAGAGUGGAGCCAUAUCCUGAUCAUCCAGAGAGAUUUAAGGAUGUGCGCCAGGUUGUGUGCAGAGAGAGUGUGUGUGAGCGCUGUUACUGGGAGGCUGAGUGGAGUGCGUUUGAGGUGUGGGGAGAGGUUGAUAUAGCAGUGACAUAUAAAGGAAUCUUCAGGAAAGGACGGGAUUCUGACUCACAGUUUGGAUUGAAUAAAAACUCCUGGAGUCUGAGGUGCAGUAAACACAGAUACUCUGAACUCAGAUACUCUGUCUGGCACAAUGGCAACCGAACAGACAUACCUGCCCCCCCCUCCCCCUACCGCAGAGCAGGAGUGUGUGAUGAUGACGAUGAUGAUGAUGCUAGAGGAGUGUGUGUGUACAGGGUGGGAGUGUGUGUGGACCGUCCGGCUGGGACUCUGUCCUUCUACAGCGUCUCAGACUCAGACACACUGACCCUCCUGCACAGAUUCCACACACACUUCACUCAACACACACCCCUCUGUGCUGGAUUUAGAGUGUAUGAGUCCUCAGUAUCACUCUGCCAACUGGAGAAGAGUCAAACACACACAAACACACACACACAUGCUCACACACACUUGUACUCACACACACUCAUCUCACACACGCGUGUGCACACGUGCACACAGACACACUCAUAAACACAUGCACACACUGUCACACACCCACAUGCACACACACACAUAUGCAACCACACACUGAGACACACACAUACACAACUACAAACAUGCACACGUGUGCAUAUUCACUCACUCACACACACACACUCGCACAUACACACACUCGCACACACACACAUACAUACACACACACACACACACAAACACACACAUGCACCCACACACGCACAACGCUUAAACUCACACACGCUCUUACACAUGCACACAUACUCUCUCUCUCUCUUAAACCCACUCUCUUACAGUUUAUCUUGCAUACGCUGUGAAUCUUUCUCACUCUGACAUGCACACACACGUAGAUACACACACACAGAUACACAUAUUUAGACACACUUGCAUGUACACCCAGCCUUCUUUAACCAACACCUAACCACAACCAAAACCUGACCCAGCCUUGUAGCAGCCAAUAAUGUAAUAACUACCGUCAAUGUAAUAACUGCCAAUAACGUAAUAAUUUUUCCGUUCUUAAUGUAAUAAAAGUC